UUGAUCUAACGGCAGAUGUUUUUUGCACAAGCACUAGACUAGCUAAGAUUUAACAUAAAAAGUGAAGCAAAAAUAUUCUCUGCAAGUUGAAAGUGAAAUUUUAAAAUAACGGUUGUAAUUAAUUUAACUAAAACUUAAAUGGAAAAGUGACAAACCGCAGGAAAAAAAAUUAAUAUACACAAUUUUAUUCUGUUUUUAAUGUUUUUAUGUGACAUUUGAAUUACUUUAAACGUUUCUUCUUUCACACGCCAUAGACAGGUCUUAGGAUGGUAAAUCAUUUGGAUGCGGAUAGCGGUCCGAACGGAAAGUUGCUACCAGGAAAUUUGGAAACCAAAAUGACUAUUGGCAAUCGCAGCAGUGUCCAGAUAUUGCUGGAGGGUGUUAAAUCUAAGCCACCAUCAGCUUCGGAUUUGCCCGAAUUGAUGACACAAAAUCAAAAGCCUCGUGAUAAUUGGGGCAGCUCCUUGGAAUUCUUAAUGUCCUGCAUAGCAUUGAGUGUCGGUUUGGGUAAUGUUUGGCGUUUUCCUUUCACCGCAUUGGAAAAUGGUGGCGGUGCAUUUCUUGUGCCAUAUUUAGUGGUGCUAUUUUUGGUGGGUAAACCGAUUUACUAUAUGGAAAUGUUAUUGGGACAAUUCUCGAGUCGUGGCGUUAUUGGGGUCUUUGAUUUUUCACCGCUAAUGCGAGGCGUUGGGUAUGCCCAGCUAUUUGCAUUAGGUGUUUUGGCUACGUACUAUGCCUCAGUGAUGGCAUUGACAUUACGCUACUUCUUCGAUUCAUUUGCCAUUGAGUUACCCUGGAGCUAUUGCCGACCCGAAUGGUUGAGUGAGGGUUGUGUAAAUGCCUCUAGUAGCGUAGACGCCCUAAGUGAUCUGGCUAAGCAGCCAUCGAACAUUACACUUACCACAUCGACAAAAUUUUAUUUAGAGCGUGUGGUAUUAAAUGAGACAAAAAGUCUUGAUAAUGGCAUAGGCUAUCCUAAUGCAAAUUUGGCCUUAAUGUUGGCCAUCUCAUGGUUGACGGUUACAUUAAUCAUUAUACGCGGCGUGAAGAGUUCGGGCAAGGCAUCGUAUGUCCUGGCUUUGUUUCCCUAUGUGAUUAUGUUCUUGCUGUUAAUACGUGCCCUCACCCUACCCGGAGCCAUAGAUGGUGUAAUGUAUUUUUUAACACCCCAAUGGAAUAAGAUAUUGGAACCAAAUGUCUGGUAUAAUGCUGUAACACAGGUUUUCUUCUCGCUGGCCGUCUGCUUUGGUGUGAUCAUUAUGUAUUCGUCGUACAAUCGUUUCAAUCAUAAUGUCUAUCGGGAUGCCCAUAUAGUGACUACUUUGGAUACCUUCACUUCCAUGCUAUCGGGAAUUAUAAUUUUCGGUAUUCUGGGAAAUUUAGCCCAUGAAUCGGGCGCAACGGAUAUUAAGUCUAUGAUUAAGACCAUUAGUCCGGGCACAGGUUUGGCUUUUAUAUCGUAUCCCGAGGCAAUUGCCAAGUUCAAAUGGAUGCCGCAAAUCUUCUCUUUGCUCUUCUUUGCCAUGCUAUUCAUGCUCGGUGUUGGCAGUAAUGUUGGCAUGGUCAGCUGUAUUAUGAGUGUGAUAAAGGACAAAUUUGUGAAUGCCAAAAUAUGGCUAAUUGUGGUUGGAUUAUCGUUGAUUGGAUAUUCAGUUGGUUUGAUCUAUAUUACACCAGGAGGACAAUAUCUGUUGACGCUGAUUGAUCGUCAUGGCGUGACAUUUGUGUCUUUAGUAUCAGCGAUUUUUGAACUUAUUGCCGUUGGAUGGGUCUAUGGCACUAAGCGUUUGUGUGAGGAUGCUGAAUUUAUGCUGAAUAUCAAAACAUCAUACUAUUAUCGCAUUUGCUGGUCAAUUGUAACUCCCUUGGUGAUGAUUGUGAUAUUUGGCUAUAACUUGUAUUCCAUGCCAGCACUCGAAUACCAUGAUCAAGGAUUCUCAUCAGUAUAUAGAGUUAUUGGCUGGUGCAUAACAGCCGUAAUACUUGGCCAACUGAUCUAUUGGGCUUGUUAUGCCAAUUACAAACAGUCUAAGGGCUCUCUAUUAACUCGUUUGCGUGAAUCAGCUAAACCACUCGCAGAUUGGGGACCGUUGGACUCUAAGAAACUGAUUGACUAUCAAAUGUAUAGGCGCAAUAGAAAGGAAUUGGCUUCACGUCGCAAUGGCAUUUGGCAAAAAAUUACUGAUCGCAUCUUUGGCUAAAUAUGCCGCCGCCGAAUAGAGGGGAAAGCAUAUAAAAGGGGGUUUCAACAUAGUUUCCUUAUUCGAUAUAUAAAUGUAUUUUUUCCCUUUUUUUUUUUAGGAUAAAUUUUUAAUAAUGUAUUCUCAUAUAUGUCUAAAAUAUAUCUAAGACCUUAAAUUAUAUAACAUA